AUGUUGGCAUUUGCAGGUUUAUCCCGCUCUCCUCCUCCGAACAUCUCACAGUCUUCCCAGUCACUGAUAUCUAUUAGUCGCCCUGCCCUGAACCUUAUGUCACUUCUCAAAGUUGGUCAGACCCUUCGAGGUAAUUUGGGAAAAUAUGUCAUCAGGAAACAGAUUCAAGAGACGGUUUGGUUCGCAGAAAAUCUUCGCAGAGAAACAGUUGUAGUCAAAGGAGUUCAAGGCCACCCCCGCAUUGAAAACGAGAGAGACGUUUUGCGAAGAUUCCAGCCUUCAACAACUCACUUAAGACCACUACUAGAUGAGAUUCAAGAUCCUGCCGUGCCACCCAUCAUCGUGCUGAGGCACCUUGAUGAUCACCUGCUAAAUUCCUCGAUCAAGAAAAGUCUCAACCGAAAGGAACUAAAAUUUGUCGCAAGGUGUAUACUAGAAGCAUUGAGUGUACUUCAUAAAGAAGGAUAUGUGCACACGGAUGUAAAGCUUGACAAUAUCUUCGUUAAUUACCAGAAUAGCGAUAACAGGUUCUCCGAGGUCCAGCUCGGAGAUCUUGGUGGCUGUUAUUCCGUCGACAGUGAGUUUGCUAAGAGGGGUACGCCUGUAGGGGCGGCUAUGUGGUCGAGUCCCGAAGUGAUUAUGGAGACGCCUUGGAACACGGCAACAGAUAUUUGGUCCUUUGGGGCGGUGUUGAUCAGCCUUAUAUACGGUGGCGACUUCAACCUCUUCCGGCCCCGCACAGUUCCUUAUGGCCAUGAAGAAUACAACCUAGAGGUUUUAAAGCAGCAGUUCCGCUAUUUUGGCCCCUUUCCAGCGAAGUACGAAGAGAUUGCGGGCCCCGAAACUGUCACAGCAAUUUUAUACCUGAUGCAUGAGAUUCCUCAGUCGCAAACGACUCCCUUUUCCCGGACAACAGAGCGUGAAGUAUCUCUGAAUGAUAAAGAAUUCAUUUCAAAGAUAAUGAAGCUGGAUUGGAGGGAUAGGCCGACAGCACAGGAACUCUUGGACGAUAGAUGGUUUCAAGACUAG